AUAUCACCUCCUGGCCAUCGCCUUCUCUCUCACGCGUGUUGUGUUAGCCGCGAGCGAGGAGACAUGACUAAUACAUCGUCUCCAUGUCGGAUAUCUUCACGGAAACGUGUUCACGCCGCUUAGUAACCUCUUGUCUCUCUAUCUUUGCCAGUCAGUUAAAAUAUAACAAAACAAAACAACCAUACCACCUUAGAAUGAGAAUCCAAGUUACACCGGAAAAGCUGACGGAUACUAUUUAAUCAACACUAAAGGCACAACGUACGAAGUAGCAAGGAAUGUAAGAUAUGAAACCUCAUGAAACCUCACCAAAGCUGUCUCAGAUGGGGAUAUAAUCAAAGGAAUUGAGAUCAAGAAGAGCAGGACAGAAAGAAGGAAGUAUUUUUAUGAGUUGAUGGAUCAAACAAAAAGAAAGUGAUGUCUCUCCGUGGUAUAACAUCGCAUGGCCAACGAGGAAAUAUUUCAACACGAUAAGUCAUACCCAAUGCUGUAUUUGUGGUUACACAACACAGAUUGAGGGACGAUUGGUUGACCUUCCAAAAUUUCUGUGCUGUAUGUUUUAGUAUGCUUUGGGGGCAGGUUUCCGAACAGACUUGGUCAAAACACGAAUGAAUAGGUUUUGUCACGAGGGAAGCGAAGACUUUAUUGUGUGCCAAUCAGCUUUCAUGUGGAGAUGUGAAAGAUCGGUUGUAAACAAACUGGUGUUUUCUGUGCGGGCCCAGGACGCAGUUGUGAAAAUUCCGUGUUCGAUGUAGCGGCUCAUAUUCAUUGGACUUGAAUGACGCUGGAUGAGCUCUAAUUUUCUGUUCUUCCCACGCGGUACAUCGUUGGUUCAAAGACCCUUACAAGGUGUACACGGCGUUAUUAGAGCAUGGCAGGCGUAAGGAGGCCGUGCUCUGCUCUGUUUGUAAGGGGUCUCAAAGCCAUGAGGCUCGCCAGCAGAGUGAAUCUGUUCCGGAGGGGAUCGUCUCCGAUUAUCGUGACCCUUCUAGCAUGUAUUGUAACUCUUCAGUUUCUACUGCUGACGAGGCAGCACCCUGUUAAGGAUGUGGAGGUGGAACGAGUACAUAGUCACAGAGACAUCAUGGGAAUCCGCGAGGAGGGGACAGACCAAGUCAAGGACUGUUCCUGUGGGACUUCCAUUGUGACUGCAACCCCGCCACAACAUAACCCCCUCAUGUUCCCUGUACCGACACGCGAAACCGUGUUUUUAACGAUAGGAAUCCCCACGAUUCAACGCAAGGGGGCGUCGUAUUAUGAUCAUACUAUAAAAUCACUGAUGUCAAAUAUGUCUCCAGAGGAACAGAAAGAAGUUCUGAUUCUUGUGUUUUUGGCCGAUACGGAUCCCACGAUAAAAGCCAAGCUGGCGAGAGACAUUAGGCGUAACUUCAGUGACGCCAUUGACACAGGGAUCCUUCAUGUCAUCCAUGCUCCGGUUAGCUAUUACCCAAACAUAACCAUUACGAAAUUCACGUAUGGCCAGCCUGAAAAUUAUAUUCAAUGGCGAGCAAAACAAAAUUUCGAUUAUGCAUAUAUGUUUGAAUACAGUUUAAAUAUUUCAAAGUAUUAUAUGCAAAUCGAAGACGACGUCAUAACGGUGGACGGAUACAUCGGCGCUGUUAAACAGUACAUAGCUGAGCAACAGGACACGUGGACUUGUUUGGAAUUUUCAGAACUUGGUUUUAUUGGGAAGUUAUACAAGAAUACCGACUUACGAAAACUAGCUGCGUUGUUGAAAUUAUUUUAUGAAGAACAGCCUGUAGAUUAUACAUAUUUGUAUUUCAAUAUGUUGAACACGCAAAUGGUGCAACGCAUGCGCAAACCAACUUUGUUUCAGCACCAAGGUAUUCACUCGUCCUACCCAGGCAAAAUCCAGCCCCUCAAAGACAGAUUUUUUGACCAGAUGACUAAGAAAUACCACGGAGAUAAUCCACCAGCUGAGGUUUUUACAUCUAUGAAAGUAUUUUUGACAUUCAUUCCGCGUCUAGCUUAUGAGAAAACGGAAGGUUAUUUUUGGACACAUGGUUCACCCAGUGACGGCGAUAGUUUCACCGUCGUUUUCCAGGAACCGCAUCGACUGCGGAGGGUUAUCGUAGAUACUGGUUCAGUAGGUCACCCGGAAGACAGACUGCUCGACGGUCACGUAGAGGUCAGUUUGACCUUACUGAAAACCGACGUCAAUAUACAGUGCAUGAACGAUAUCAUGAUCGGUGAAUUCAAAGAUGGACGAAUUGACGUUGAUACCCUUGAAGAAAGUAUCAAGUUCAAGGCCAUGUGUUUGAGGAUCAAGAUUACAAAGCACCAGGAGCCUUGGUUGAUUGUAAGAGAAAUUGCAGUGUUUACUGCCAAAUGAAAGUUACGAUUUGUU